AUAAACCCACUUAGCAAGGCGCUUACAAGAAGAGGUGCAAAACGUCCGUUAAAAUGAAAGCAUUCUUUUCUCUCGUAAUCCUCGGAGUUGCCAUCGCCCUUGUUAACUCCAAGGCCACAAAAGAGGUUUCGGAAAAACUCAGGGCUGCAGUAGCCAAAUGCACGAAAGAACACCACCUGGACUUAACUACAGUCGAGGAAUAUGUCAAAUUUCAUAAACUCCCAGAAACCGAACAUGGAAAAUGCGCUGUCUUCUGCUAUUUCAAAGAAAUGGGAUAUGUGACUGAUGGAAAAUUCAACGAUGCAAACGUAGAAAGUACAAACAAAUUAAAAUGGGAUAACGAAACAGAAGCUGCGAAGGCAACUGAAGUUUACCAUACCUGCCUUAAAGAAACCAGCCUCACUGACGUCACAUUGGACUGCGAAGCCGCCGUGAAAAUGCUCAGUUGCCUCAAAACCCAUAGUGAAAAGCAUUCGCUCCCACUUCCGGAACUUCACAAAGAUGAAUAAAUUUUGUAAUGUGAAACGGCUCUUACAAAAAUUUUCAACAAAUCAAACAUUGACCCUGACCGAUCUUCAAGACAUCGUAAAGUAAUAAUGAAUAUUUUGAUAAAAAUUCAAAACUAAUAAACAUU